AUGUUAGAGGCGAGACAUUUUACUGUCUAUACUGACCACAAGCCAAUCAGUUUUGCUUUCCGCGAGAGGAAAGGCAACUGUUCGCCUAGGCAGUAUAGACAUCUAGACUACAUUUCGCAGUUCACAACCGACAUAAGGCAUAUAUCUGGUAAAGACAAUGUUGUUGCCGAUGCCUUAUCUCGAGUUGAGGAACUGCAAGCGCCCGUCAAUCUCAGUACAUUGGCCGAAGCUCAAGCAUCAGAUCUCGAACUGGCUGAACUUCUCAAAGGUGGAUCAUCCCUUCGGUUAGAGAAGUAUGACAUUCCUGGGAGUAAAACAUGUAUGUACUGCGAUGUCAGUAUACUGACUCCCAGACCAUUUGUCCCUAAAGUGCUGCGCAAGCAAGUUUUCGAAAGUCUGCAUUCUUUGAGCCAUCCAGGCGCGAACGCUACAGCAAAACUAGUUGCAGAGCGUUUUGUGUGGCCUAGCAUCAGGAAAGACUGCAGAGAGUGGUCACGUGCCUGCUUGGCUUGCCAACGUGCCAAAGUGACGCGACACGUAUCUGCGCCUUUAGGCACGUAUAACUUACCUCGUGCAAGGUUCAAGCACGUCCACAUCGAUCUUGUGGGGCCUCUGCCACCAUCGCAAGGCUUUCGAUACUGCCUCACUGCAGUUGAUCGCUUUACACGAUGGCCAGAGGUCGUACCGAUCGUAGACAUAACUGCGGAAACCGUUGCCAAAGCCCUGCUGUCCGGAUGGAUGGCAAGGUAUGGCUGUCCUGUAGACAUUGUUACAGAUCGCGGUCGACAGUUCGAAUCCGCUUUGUUUCAAUAUUUGUCGAAGAUAAAUGGGUUCCAGCAUAAAAGAACAACAGCUUACCAUCCGGCAUGCAACGGUUUAAUAGAGCGUUUCCACAGGCAGCUCAAGGCAGCGAUCAUGUGCCAUGCAGAUGAGCAUUGGACUGAAUCUUUACCUUUAGUUCUCCUUGGCAUUCGUAGUGCAUUUAAGGAAGACUUGCAGUCUUCGUCUGCCGAACUCGUGUAUGGAGAACCACUUAGGCUACCUGGUGAAUUUUUUGACCCCACUAUAAAUGUUAUGUCGGAUAUAACCGAUUUUACAGCCAGGUUGCAUAAUUUUGUAAACAUUUGCAACCUGUCCCAGCUUCACGCCACACAAAAGAAAAAACUUUUGUAUACAAGAAUCUCGCAACUACUGAAUACGUCUUCUUAA